ACUCCCACUGCCACAGGGAAGCAUGCCACCUUUCCAGCCAGACUAACAUGAAUAUGACGGGGCCGAAGCUCAGAUUCUUCUGUCACAUCUUUCAAUCACUGCCUCUCUUCGCGCUGGGUUAGUAGGCUACUACAGUAUGUUCUGUGAAGAAUGUUGGCCUAAAUUUAGCAGGGAAGAUUGACAAGAAAUAUUAUAUUUUACGACAUAUUUUGAAGAGAUGAAUGAUGGGGUGCUCCUCCAGCCGUCAAAUAUACGCGUUUUCUUCAAAUUGGACAAAGGACGCGCGAGCUACAAUAAUGGCCACGUACAGCUGUGCUGAUAGGCUACUCUUUCAAGACUGCCCUUUCAUUUUCGAAGUCACGCUGUUGGAUUUAUGUUAACGGUUGACGGAGUCGUUCCUUAAUUCGGAAUGUAAGGACUGACUACGGGUUUUGUCGACUAGCCUACAGCCAAAGUGAUAGGCUUCCCGAAAGCGAUUUAAAUAGUCUGCUGGUGGAAUCGUUCAUAAGGCUGGUUAACAACGCUGGCUGAGCAAGGCCUCCUCUCCCCAGUCUCUCCCAUUCCUUUGCCCCCCCUUUCUGUUCCCUCAGUCCUGCAGCCACCAGCAUGCCCUGUGCCCCCUGCUAUACCGUCCAUUAUUUGGAAAGUGCCCGUCCAUCUCGGUAGGAUGCCCAACCUGCCCUGCUGUGCCCUGUGCCCCCUCCUGCCCGCCACAGCCCUCGCCUCCUCCUCUGCCGCGCCCGUUCCUGUUGCCGCAACAGCCGCACCGCCCCCGAAUGGUGUCGUCCCCGCGCUCCGCCAUGGAUGAGGAUGAGGUGAGCGAGGUGAUCAGCACCAACGUGCUGGCCUGGCUGGUGUGCUCGGCCGUGUCCAUCCUGGCCAACACGUGGGGCAUUCUGAGCGUCAGCGCCAAGCAGAAGAAGUGGAAGCCCCUGGAGUUCCUCAUCUGCACGCUGGCGGGCACCCACAUCCUUAACAUGGCCAUCCCUAUCACCAUGUACUGCGUGAUCACCCUGCGCCGGCAGCACUCCAGCUACCAGUGGAAUGAGGGCCUGUGCAAAGUGUUCGUGUCCACCUUCUACACUCUGACGCUGGUCACCUGUUUCUCGGUCACCUCCCUCUCCUACCACCGGAUGUGGAUGGUGCGCUGGCCCGUCAACUACAGGCUGAGUAACACGAAGAAGCAGGCUGUGCACACCGUGGUGGGCAUCUGGAUGGUGUCCUUUAUCCUGUCCACGCUGCCCGCCGUGGGCUGGCACGACACCAUCGACCGCUUCUACGCCCGCGACUGCCGCUUCAUCGUCACGGAGAUCGGCCUGGGCUUCGGCGUGUGCUUCCUGCUGCUGAUCAGCGGCAGUGUCGCCAUGGGCAUCAUCUGCAUCGGCAUCGCUCUCUUUCAGACCUUCGCCAUCCACGCGGGCCACAAGGCCGACAAGAACAAGUUUAACGUGCCAACCAUCGUGGUGGAGGACGCUCAGGGCAAGCGGCGCUCGUCCAUCGACGGCUCUGAGCCCCUGAAGACAUCUCUGCAGAUCACCUAUCUGAUCAGCGGCAUCGUGUUCAUCUACGACUUCCUCACGGGUUUCCCCAUCCUGGUGGUGAGUUUUGCCAGUCUGAAGUAUGACCGCUCCUACAGCUGGAUGGUGCUGUGUGUGCUGUGGUGUUCCAUCGCCCAGUCCAUCCUGCUGCCCAUGUUCCUGUGGGCCUGCGACCGCUACCGCGCGGAUGUGCGCAUGGUCUGGGAGAAAUGUGUGGCCAUCAUGUCCAACGACGAUGUGGACGAAGAGGGCUUUCCUUGUAUCUCACAGAACAGUUUUCUCAGAACAAUGUGGAAUGUGCCCCCUACAAGAAGAUUCUCCCACGACGAAACCGACAUGUGGACCAGCGACCAGAUCCCCUCUUACCUUCACCACUGGGGCUCCGCGGAGGACGUGAAGGGGAUGGCCCACUACAGCUCCAGCUUGCCUCGCCACGAAAGGCGCAGGAGCAGCCCGGCCUCCUACCACGAGGAGAGCCACCCACAUCGCAAGCGCCGGCGCUCCGAGGAUAGUGGGCACAUGCUCAAGCAGCUGCCGCGGGGGAGCAGUGGCGAGCGCUUUGAGGAGGCGGAUUUGCGGUGCUUCAGCCGUGACGAGGUCAUCAAUUUUAUUGAUGAAACCCCACUUCCCAGCCCCAUGAAGAGCCCGCACCGUACGUCCACCAUUUCCCUCAUCCCGGAUGUCUACGAGCAGCACGUGAUCUUGUACCCACAUUUUCCGCUCACCGACUUUGAGCGCGAGCCUCAAGCUCUGCGGCGCCUCUCGGAGCACGGCAGGAGUUGUACCUGGGAGGGGUCACCAGACAGCUCACACAGGGUGGACAGGGCGAUUGGCGGGGAAAGCUCUGGGGUGUGCCGUUCAGGUAAAGGUUCACUCCGUGAGCACCGACGGGAGGGAAAACGCCUAGUACCCUUAGGGCAAAGCCUGCGGACUGGGGAGCACUCAUCUCACAGGCCCAGCAGGACAGGCACCCUUGGAACUGGGCCCAGCUGGGGGGAACACAAGCACCUGACUACAGGAGAGAUUAAAGGAAGCACAAACAGUUUUAUAAGCUCACCUUCUGCAACAUCCUCUGGAUACAUCACAUUUCACUCAGAUUCCAUAGGAUCUGCCACCUAGAUAUUUGGGAACGUUUUUAUUAUUAAUAAUAUUACUAUAGAGCCAUGGCAUUGGGCUGUGGAAACAUUUCAUACUGGUAUAUCCUAAAUAAAGGUUGGUUUUAUUCAACCACAAAUUCCAAAGCUAGGACUUGUACUCAGUUUCAUUGGCCUUUGUACACAUUUUAUGUCUUGCCUACAUUUGCUUUAGAUCUGGUAGGCUAAACUUUGAAAGAGGCUGUGCAAGUUCCUGACCGCAUAUUGACCACAUUGCUUUUAGUACACCCAUACAAACAUCUACUUUAACCUAGUGCAUAUGCCUCUCCUUUGUUUUGUGUCGUUUUAUUUUCUAAGUAUCAGAUGAAUGGAUACAAUUUGUGUUUUGUUACUUUUUGCAGUUAUUUGGACUCAAAAUCUGAUUUUGUUAGGUGUUAUUUCUUGAACACGUCUUCUGGGGCAUUUUAAAAGAGAUGAGAAUUCAAGGCCAACAGAAUCCAUGUUAUCUUUUAUUGUGAUUAUGACAAGUCUCUUAUAUGGAUAAUCUUUUCUUUCAAUAUUUGAUCACGAUAGACAUGGAAGAGAGGAAAUAUUUUUCAGGUAAUAUACAGCACAGGUAAUAAAAUCCCUCUGGUGUUGUGUUGUGGCCUAACAUUAUCUACCAUUAAAUGUUCUAUACUUACAAACAAAGAUUAUUGCAAAUGUCUCACUUCAAUGUUAUGUUAUGCUGAUUUUGGUUGUGUAUGAUUCAUUUCUACCAUGAUGUUCCUUACACACUUUGAAAAACUAACUUGGCAUUGAUUGGAUGUGAUGUGCACAUAAUGGUAGUUUACAGGCACAUUGGAUGUUUUUUGUUUUGCUGUGCUCUUUCUUUGAGGAUUGAACUGGGAAUUUUUCCCUGUUAUUUCAAAUGUAUGAUUCCAAAUUUGUAACAGGCGUUAAUAACACAGACAUAUUCAUGCAGACAUGAAUUACUCAAUAUACUGUAUAUCAGCCAUUAACAUACAUCAGAUUAUCCCCACAAAUGGUUCUUGAAGGUGCUUGACUGUUGGUAAGUUUACUGUGUGUGUUUUAUAUAUAUAUAUAUAUAUAUAUGCCAUAUAUAU